UGAUUUAGCGACGGUAUGUCGAGUAAAUAAAUAAUAAAAAUAAAAGCAGCAAUAUUGUAUUCGAGGAUGGUGGUAAAAAAUUUAAAUAUUGGGCUUCUUGGCCACGUUGAUUCGGGCAAAACAUCCUUGGCUAAAGUAUUAAGUUCCAUAUCGAGCACCGCCAGCUUUGACAAGUCAUCGCAAUCACAACAGAGAGGCAUAACUUUGGAUUUGGGGUUUAGUGCGCUUCUCAUAGAUACACCUGCCCACAUAAAGUGUCAAUGUCCAGAGAUUGAACAAAUACAAAUUACCUUUGUUGAUUGCCCGGGCCAUGCCAGCCUAAUAAGAACAAUUAUAGGAGGUGCUCAAAUCAUUGAUAUGAUGAUCUUGGUCAUUGAUGCCCAAAAAGGCAUACAAACCCAAACAGCUGAAUGUAUUGUAAUAGGGGCCUUACUAAAGAGAAAACUUCUUGUGGUAGUGAAUAAAAUAGAUAUGUUUGAAUCCGAGGAGAAAAAGGCAGCAACUCUAAAGAAACUCGAUACGAAGUUAAGAAAAGCUAUAUCAAGUACACAGUUUGGGGAUAGUUUUCCCAUAUUUCAUGUUUCUGCUGUAAGUGGUGAGGGCAUACAAGAGCUUUUGGAAGGCAUUAAAUCUAAUUUAUAUAUGCCAACCCGAAACUUGGAUGAACCGUUCUUAAUGUAUGUGGACCACUGUUUUUCGAUAAAAGGGCAAGGAACAAUUUGUACAGGCACUGUGGUUCAAGGAUCUGUUAGUGUAAAUGAUAACAUUGAUAUUCCAAGCAUAAAAGAGCAACGUAAAGUUAAAUCAAUGCAAAUGUUUCGGAGACCAGUUCAAAAAGCCUCUAUGGGCGAUCGUGUUGGAAUAUGUCUAACACAAUUUAAUGCCAAAUCUAUGGAGAGGGGGAUUCUAUGUCAAGUGGGUUACAUGCAGCUUAUAUAUGCAGCUGUUAUUCAAUGUAACGUUAUUGAAUUCUACAAAUAUGCCAUUAAGUCAAAAUCUAAAUUUCAUGUAAGUGUUGGUCAUAAUACCAUAAUGGCCCAUAUAACACUAUUCCAAGGAACUGGCGAAAGUCCAGUUUUUAAUUCUGCAUUGGAGUACGAAUACAUAGAUGAGUUGGAUGAGGAUAAAUGUAAGCAAACCACUAGUCAAACUGUGUUCUGUCUUUUGGAAUUUGAAACACCGAUUUAUGCCACAUCGAACUCCAUAUUGAUUGCAUCGAAAUUGGAUUUAGAUGUUCAUAGUACUUGUUGCCGAUUAGCAUUUUGGGGCAAUAUGCAAUGGCAUACCAAUAAUGCCAACUAUACCAAGGAACAACUGUCUACAUGGAAAAUUUACAAAACAAAAGAAAAACAAGGAACUGUCCAAAGGGUGGCUAGUGAUCAAGAAGUCAUAGUACAAAAUCUUUUCAAAAAGGAAUCCAAUCGUCAAAUAUACCUUGGCAAAAAGAUACAGCUGUCAACUGGAGAGUGUGGACAAAUCGAGAGCACAUUUGGGCAAACAUCUAAAGUAAAGAUAACUUUCAGGGAGUGUUUAAAGGAGGAUACCUUGCGAUUGUUGAAGGAAGGUCGUGCAAAUGAUGUGAUUGUAAUGCUUAAAUAUAAAAAAUAUGUUUUUAAUAAAAAUUUAGGUAUAAUACAAUAA